UAUUCGCGUACGCAAUCUGUGCUGUUUGGUUCCCUCAGCAAGCAUGGCAGAUCUUCAGAACAUUUCUUGUGGUAAAGCAGAGUUGCAGCCUGAAGCCAUAACUGAUAUUGGUGUGCUGGCAUCCAAGAAAGAACCUCCAGCAGGCUACUAUAUUGUUGCACAAACAACAGAUGGCUUCGACGCCAACCUGUGGAAGGACAGCAUAUUCAAAUCCAAGGUCACACGCUAUCUCUGCUUCACCCGAGCUGCCACCUCCAAAAAUAAGCAAUUAUGCAAUGUGGUCGUGGAUGUGAAGUUGAUCGACUUGAAGGACUGUUUGCCAGAGGGCUUCACUCCGAUCCAAGACACCACGGAUACCCAGGAGCAGGCUUUGAGGAAGGAGAGACUGUGUGUGAAGUUGGUCCCCAGGCACAGCGCUGAUACAGCUAUAUGCGAUGUGGUUAUACAGGGGAAAUCAAAGCACAGCCUCACUAAUUAUACAUUUACAGGUGAGCUGAAUGGUUUGGGGAUUUGGUAUCAGCUGGGAAAAGUCAUUAAGUCACAGGAUACAGUGCACAAAACCCCCUCUACCUCUGGUGUUGCCAGAAAAUUCCCAGAGUAUCCAGCCUCCAGUCCUACUAAAAAGAACAUGGUCAGGCCAGACUAUGAACACCAAAUCUACAACAUCUACACCAAAUCAGUGGCUUAA